AUGUAUGCAUGCCCGCCCCAUCCUCACAAUUCCUCUCUAUAUAUUGCUUAAUCUUUCAUAUGCUUCUUCACAAUUAAUUCUCACACUUUCUUGGAAUAGCUUAAAGCAAGAUAUUUAUAGAUUUAGUUAUAUGGCCACCUUUAUUAAAUUAUUUGUUAAUACACUAUUUAUUAUGUCUCUCUUAGCUAGUGCUAACAAUGCACAACUUAUUAAUAACUUCUAUGGCAAAACUUGUCCUAGCCUCCAAACCAUUGUGCGUAAUACAAUGACCAAUGCUAUCAAAACAGAAGCUCGGAUUGGUGCUUCUAUACUUCGCUUAUUCUUCCAUGAUUGCUUUGUAAAUGGAUGUGAUGCAUCAAUUUUAUUAGACGACACUGUGACGUUUGUUGGUGAGAAAAAUGCUGCACCUAACAAAAAUUCAGCUAGGGGUUUCGAAGUGAUUGAUACCAUUAAAACCAGUGUUGAAGCUGCUUGCAAUGCUACUGUCUCUUGUGCAGAUAUUCUAGCACUUGCAGCAAGAGAUGGAGUUUUUUUGCUUGGAGGACCCACAUGGGUAGUACCACUUGGGAGAAGAGAUGCAAGAACAGCAAGCCAAAGUGCAGCCAACAGCCAAAUCCCUUCACCAUUUUCUGAUUUAUCAACACUCACUACCAUGUUUUCAAACAAAGGUCUAACUAUAAAUGACCUCACAGUCCUUUCUGGUGCACACACAAUAGGCCAAGGAGAAUGUCAAUUUUUCAGAACUCGCAUAUACAAUGAAACAAACAUUGACACAAGCUUUGCUACCUUAAGAAAAUCCAAUUGUCCUGUUUCUGGUGGUGACACCAAUUUAGCACCUCUUGAUACUCUCACUCCAACAACUUUUGACAACAAUUACUAUAAAGAUCUUAUUGCAAGCAAAGGUCUUUUCCAUUCUGAUCAAGUUCUUUUCAAUAAUGGCACUCAAGAUAAUUUGGUUAGGACUUAUAGUACCAAUGGUGCUAAAUUUUCUAGUGACUUUGCUGUUGCUAUGGUGAAAUUGAGUAAAAUUAGUCCUCUCACUGGGACUAAUGGGGAGAUUAGAAAGAAUUGUAGACUUGUAAAUUGAUCAUGAGUUGGAGGGCAUAUUAGCUAUUGACUAAUUAUAGGUCAAAAUCAUAAGACUUGACUAAAUAUUCGACACAUUGGCAAUUGUAGUAUUGUUGUUGCUUUUUUAUUUUGAUAAUUUGAAUGUUUGUAUUUCCACAAAUACAUAAAAAUUGUUAUAUAUAUUUGUUGUUUCUUUUACUUCAGUUAAUUAAUGGAUCAAAAUUAUUUUA